UUCUCUAUCUAACAGCCUUCUUUAUAGCAGAGCCGAACACAAGCAAAGCGAUGGCGGCUGGUUCCAGGCUUCCCCAGUUGAAGCAAUGCCUUAUCAGGCAGAAUGGCCAACAGGAGCAGCACGGGGUGGCGGCCUCCUGCCUGCGGGAGCUGCGAAGCAAAGGUAAGCGGGUUUUUCCCUCUCCCCUCCUCUUUUUACAGAGGCAGAGAUUCCACAGGUGAAGCUUCCCCAUAUCAGUUUCCCUGGGUAUUGAAAGCUGCACCGGUUGAAUUUCGGUCUGGAAUGCAUCUUUAAAAGAGGAUCUUACCUAGGGCGGUGGGGAGGUGGAAGCCCGGGAGAACAGCAGUAACUUUAACAACAAAAAGUCAAAAUAGUUUUGUGGUACCAGAAAGACUAAUGAAUUUAUUGUGGAAUAAGUUUUCCUGGAUCAGUGUCUGCUUCAUCAGAUGCAUAAACUAUUAUCCAAAGUUGACAAGAAUGUCUUCUUUCCCUCUCUCUCCCUCUCUCUCUCUCUCUCUCACACACACACACAAACACACACACAACACACACAUCACAGUUGUAUUUCCCUGCAGGAUUACAGUUCAUAAAUCUAAUGGACUAUGCUCCACAACAUCAUAAAUCAUACUUAAUCAUAAAUUUGCUGGCCUGUCAAUUACUGUCAGUUUUGCCACCCCUCUGGUUUUAUUUUUUCCAACCAGGUUUCAAUAAAGCAUAUAUUUUUUUAGAUUAUGUAAUAAUAGUAAAACAGUAUACCAGAUAUGAAUUAGAAUCCUAAAUCCUGAUAUUUCUUUUCUUUUCCUUCUGACUUGCAAUUAAAAUGAGAUAGCAGUUUUAAAUAAAUAACUCCAAACUGGUUUGGGUAAGUGAUGAACUGAAGAGGAGCUGGGGUCUCAGUAUAGAAUCAUGGUGCCCUCAGAUAGCCCAGCUGAUAGCUUCCAAAGUUCCCUGGCCCUCAAAUUUUAGAGGGUUAGUUUUGCCUUUUCUUGGUGGUUGUUUGGGGGCGGGGGUACCUGUUUCUUGUGGGGGUGUUGUUUCCUUCUUUUUCUGUUUCAUCUUUUUUUGGUAGAGGGUUUUGCCUGUAGGAGGGAGGUUAUGAGCAUUAAUAAUUUUUCUUCUGUGAAAUGGGUAUUUUUUUGUGAUGCCCACAAAUGUACCCCCAGGCCCAAAGAGAGGGGUUGGGAGGCUCUGGUCUCCCAAUGCAGUCUCAUUUGGAAUAUCGUGGGCCGUUCCGGCCACCCCUUCUGAAAAAAAUUAAAAUGUCAAGGAAAUAGUGUGAAAGGUGCAGAAAAGCAGGGCCAGCCUACUCAUGAGACAAAGUGAGACAACCGCCUCGGGCGGCAGGAUCCAGAGGGGAAUACAUUGCCUGCUGCUGCUGUCACAGUGUCCAUGACAGCAGCAUGCAGUGCAUUGUGCAUUCCCCUCUGGAUCCUGCUACUUGAGGAGGGCAGAUCUGCUGCCUCUUUGGCACACGCCACCCAGCUCAAAAUGUUGCCUCUACAGUAGCCUCUUGGAGGUGCUGCUGGUCUCCUCCUUCCUUUGUUCCCUAUUUAGAACUUUAUUUCUCCCUUGUUCACCAUGUAGAUCUUCACUCACCCCUUCUUCCUUGGCUGGAGAGGCAUCAUUUUGUGGUUUGCCUCAGAUGUCAACAAGUCUUGGGCUGGCUAUGGGGGAAAAGUCAACCAAAAUGAGGCUGGAGCACUUUCCCUAUGAAGAGGGUCUAAAGAUUUUGGGGUGUGAUUGAUUCUCAAGAAUGCAAUAUUAUUGCACUUAUUAUUGAGGGGAAGUGUGUGGAACAGGUCUCGGUGUUUCGAUUUCUGGGAAUGGAGUUAAGAGAUGACCUAACCUGGGGAGAAAACAGCAGAGACCUGAUGAAGAGAGCACAGCAGAGGUUAUAUUUUCUGAGAAUCCUCCGGAAAAACAAUCUCUCAAAGGACCUGUUGACGGCAUUUUACCAUUGUACUGUGGAGAGUGUAUUAACUUACGGUCUGUGUGUGUGGUUUGGGAGCUGCACGGCCAAGGAAAAAACAAUGCUGUCCAGGGUUGUAAAGACUGCAGAGAGAACAAUUGGGUGCACUCUUCCCACCUUAGAUAAAAUCUAUGCUAUCAGGUGCCAUAAGAAAGCGGCAGAGAUAGCGCGGGAUGGUACGCACCCCGGAAAUGAUCUCUUUCAGCUUCUGCCUUCUGGAAGAAGGUAUAGGGUUAUAAAGACCAGGACUAGGCGCCCGAGAAACAGUUUCUAUGCAAAUGCAAUUCUGGUUCUAAACACAGCAUAAGGAGUCUCUAUAGUAUAGUGUAUUUUAAAAUGGGGUUUCAGAGUUUUUAGGGUUUUUUGAAUGUUUAAUGUAGUUUUUCAAUUUUGUUGUUCUGCAUGGGACAAUGACAAUAAGAUAUCGUAUAUCGUAUAUCAUAUAAUAUCUAUAAAGAAACAAGAAUUAAACUCUAGGGAUUGGGCCCAGCCAGACAACGCAAGCAACCCAUCUGGUCACUUGGGACAUGCUAAUGAAGGAGGACGCAAACUGGAUAGAUGGGCUAAUUAUUCCUUGCAGUGUCACAGAGGAGCACAAGUCUUGUGACCUGGUGCUGUGCAGAGACAGGUGUGCCUAAUCCCACUGAAAUGUGAAGCACGCCUAACUGCAUAGAAUCAAGGCACUGGAAUCUUGUUGCAAGGGGUUCCACAGUGCAGCGUUUGGACUGUGCAGCGAAGCCACUUGAAGAAACAAAAUCGAUUGGGGAGGGCAGAAUGUAAUAAAGCCUGGGUGUUUGGAAAGAUGAGCUUACGAGAAGAAAAGGCAGUGGACCUUCAAAAGGAAGUAAAAAAAGGAAGGUGACCUAGUUGAGUGUCUUAUGAUUAAGGCGUGUGGACAAAACUCUUGUUAAAGCUCAAUUGCAUUAAAGAAUUCUAAUCUCCACUGGUGGGGAGGGAAGCUCUUGCUGAACCUGUGUUACUUGUGGCUCCCAGGCAUUUAGAAUUGCCCUGCAGCCUUCUAAUACAGAAUUGGGCACUGCAAAUUACACACAGCUGACCUGCAAGCUUUUGUGGUGAAAGCUCUCAUUCCCGUGUAGCCCUGGGCAAGGAAGGCCACAGAAGUUACUUGACCUCACCCCCUAUGUUCCCCCCCCCAUCUGCAUUAGUCACUUGUGCCAUGUCAUCUCAAUUAGUGGCUCCCAAUCAGUGGAUCGCUUAACGAUUUCUCUGCCUGUUAUAGCAAUUGCAGUGGCACUGUGCUAGACACCAUAUGAUUUUUAAUUGUAUUUUUAUUACUGCUUUUACUUCUGAUACUGUUUAUUAUAUUACAAUAAAAGCAGCAAUAAAAAUACAAUUUAAAAGCAAUUUGAUGUGGCCAUUUCCUGUCUUCAAAUGCAGAUCCACAGGCACACAAACCACCUGAAUGAAACUCAUAGACUACCGCUGGUCCACCGUUUUGGAACCCCUGGUCUAAAUGGAAACAGACUCUCAGUUUACAAAGGUUUCCCUUCGUUCACCUGGAUUCACUGGUUGUUCGCCCUUGGAGUGUAGCUAUUUACAAAGAACCUUUUAGCGUUGUACAAUUUGGCAAGAGGAUACCUGCAAUACUUUUCAUAAUAAAUUUGAUGUGAGAUAAAAAUUGUAUUUUCCUAUUCCUGGUUUUAUUGUUAGUGCCAGAGGGAAGAGAAAAGGGCAAACACGUUGUUUGUAUAAAUAAAGUUAAAUGCACUUUUCACAGAAACUGUUGUAUGCCAUUGGGGCCAAGACUUUCUGCGCUGUCGUGGUGACUCUUUAGGAACAUAGGAGUGUCUGCACUGACCUGCAGCAGCUCCCUAGGGUUGCCAGGUGACAUCCCAAGCCUUACCUGGAGAUGCCAGGGAUUGAACCAGGGACCUUCUGCAUGCAAUAAUAAUAAUAAUAUUUAUAUCACUGAGCUAUAUGGACUCUUCCCCUUUCCACAGCCUGUGACCUCCUAGCAAUUGACAAGGCCUCAGAGCCCAUCACGCUGGUGUUGGCUGAGGAUGGCACCAUUGUGGAUGACGAGGACUAUUUUUUGUGUCUGCCGCCGAACACCAAGUUUGUGGCACUGGCAAAGGGCGAGAAGUGGUCCACCAGCAGCAUAGGUAAAUGGAAGAGUUGAAGCUCUGUAAGAUAUGGAUGCUGUGUGUAGGGGCAAAUGAGGCCCUGGGCAAGAAGCACCUUUGUUGCUGCGGCUGCCACCACUACCACCACUCCCUUUAGGUUCUUCAACUUUUUAGAACAGGCAACGACCAAUUUGCAUGUGCCCAAUUGACACACGGCCACAAUUGCACACAUCACCGCACCCCAGAAGUGGCUGGAAAAGGUGUUGGGGGUGGAGGCGGAGCGGGUUUAUGCAUGGGGGUCUGGAGCACAACCCCCACACAAAGCAGUCGUUGCCUUACCUUAUUGUUGCACUUGCAGACCAUCACAUGCUUUUGGUGGAUAUUUGACACCUGCCAUAUAAGGCAUUAAUUUGCCUAGAGCAGGGAUAGCCAACAUGGUACCUUCCCGAUGUUGCUGGACCACAGCUCCCAUCAUCCCUGACCUGUGGCCAAGCUGGCUGAGGCGGAUGGGACUUGUAAUCCAGCAACAUUUGGAGGGGCACUAGUUUCCCACUCCUGUUCCAUGCUCUUAGCACUAGAGCUCUUGAACAUUCAAUGAAGCUGAGCGCUGGAAGAUUCAGGACAGAUAAAAGAAAGUACUUCUCCAUGCAGUGCAGUUAACCUAUGGGACUCAUUUCCACAGGAGGCAGCGAUGACCAUCAACUUGGAUGGCAUUAAAAAAGGAUUGGACAAAUUCACAGAGGGCAAAGUUGCUACUAGGCACGAUGCUUAUGCUGUGCCCUCCACAGUUGGAGGCAGAAAUAUUUCUGAAUACCAGUUGCAGGAAGCCACAGGAGGGGAGAGUGUUCUUGUGCUUGAGUCCUGCUUGUGGGUUUCCCACAGGCAUCAGGUUGGCCAGGGAUGAUGCUGGACUAGGUGGGACACUGGCCUAACCCAGCACAGCUCUUCUUAUGCUCUUAUGUUCUUUUAACCCUGAUUAACUUUGGCUUAGGGACGCAGGUGGCGCUGUGGGUUAAACCACAGAGCCUAGGACUUGCCAAUCAGAAGGUCGGCAGUUCGAAUCCGUGCGACGGGGUGAGCUCCUGUUGCUCGGUCCCUGCUCCUGCCAACCUAGCAGUGUGAAAGCACCUCAAAGUGCAAGUAGAUAAAUAGGUACCACUCCGGCGGGAAGGUAAACGGCGUUUCCGUGCGCUGCUCUGGUUCGCCAGAAGCGGCUUAGUCAUGCUGGCCACAUGACCCGGAAGCUGUACACCGGCUCCCUCGGCCAAUAAAGCGAGAUGAGCGCCGCAACCCCAGAGUCGGUCACGACUGGACCUAAUGGUCAGGGGUCCCUUUAGCUUUAACUUUGGCUUAGCUCAGUGUGGCAGUAAAAAGGACCAGGGAGGAGAACAGUGGCUGCAAGUUCCUCUCCAGGAGUCCCCACAUUUGCACUGCAUCACUAUAGCUUGGCCUACAGUGUUAUGCGAACAAGCUGAUUACUUUGUGAAUUUUGGCAUAAACUUGCUUAAUAAGCUUUACCUUUGCACUUAUAACUGUGGCUCUUUUUCAGAUGGGGGCACAGCUUGGCUCAAGGAAGAUGUCGCCAACGUUGACAGAGUGGACGGUGGUGUUGGUGGAGGAGAGAAGUGGAGGCAACUGGCCAGACAACUGAAGGACGACCUCUCCACCAUCAUCUUGAUGUCGGAGGAAGACCUCCAGGUAAAGGAAGGGCCGUGUGCCUUUGGCAACAGGGUGGGGGGGGAAUGAGGAUCCCUCACCUUUGCUGUAAGAGGAUGGACCUCAUCUAAUUCUAGGUGCUCAUCGAUGUGCCAUGCUCUGACCUGGCUCAAGAGCUUUCUGAGAACCAGCCCAAGAUCCAGACUCUGCAAGACACCCUUCAGCAGGUGCUGGACAGGCGGGAAGAGGAACGGCAAUCCCGGCAGCUUCUGGAACUCUACCUGCAAGCGUUGAAAAACGAGGACCACAUUGUACCCAAAGCAGAAGGUAAGGAGGUUGUUGGCUGAGGCUCGUUUCUCAACAAACCAUGCCAGAGUGAAGAAAGAGGGCAAUAUGAUGGUCCCUUUACCUUUAUGAAUUAUUUUAAUCAUCAUUACCUAGAGCCAGGAUCAGAGGAAACUGCCAUGGACGAAACAGACGUGGUUGACGCUGGGAGCAGCAACAGCAGCAGCAGCAGAGGUGCUGGUAACGGGGUUCCACUCAGCAGCCAUGUUCGGACCACACUUAAAGAGAAGUCUGCCCCAGAACUUGGCCUGGCAAGUCAGGACUUAGAGGUGAGUCCACACAGAGUUCUUUCCCUUUGUUGUGCUUGGAUUCCAAAUAAAAUCUCCAUGGAAAGAGAAAGGGCAGAAUAAAGCAUUUGGGAACUAAUGCAGUCAAUAUUUAUUCUAAAGGAGGGUGGGUUCGGGUGAACAACACACAGCCAGAAUUGGGCUAACAUCACUCUCUCCCUCUAGUCCAUUUGUCUUCCAAGGUUCCAAAUUCUACCUUCUCUGAGGCCCUAAGCUAUUUGGAGCUGAAUCUGCCACUCUUCCCGUUUUUGUUUAAACUGGAUUUUCCAGUCAGCACCACAUAAAGAUGUUUGUCCUUCUCUUCGGCUUAAAAUGUUUUUAAGUUUAAAACUUUUAGGCAUUGAUCUCCUUGUUGCUUUGAAACAAAAACAACUUGUAGUUCCCAGUGUUGUUUUUGUUUAAUGUGUUUAUAUCGUGUUUUUUUAUACCACUCUGUCCUGCAAUCUUACCAUGAAGGAUAGUAUACAAAGUCUUAAAUAUCACCCUCCCCUUUUAAAAACUACCUCCUCUGUGAAUUAAAUUAAAAAUUAAAUUAAAAAUAGAACCAGCACAAAAAGCUUCCUUGCACCAGUUCAAACCAUCUAUCAAUCUAGGCUGCUGAUGUCUAGCAAGGUCCUCUCUCAUUACCAGUUCUGGGAACCUCUUUGAGACUAGAAAUGUCCAAGGUUUAAACCUUAUGCAUGUAAAUCAUGUCCCCUGCCAGUAAGCCAUGUGGCAUCAAGAGAGAGCCAAUCAUAAAUCUGACAUCUUACGCAGCUUGGUCCCGAGUGAUAGAUUCUUCUUUCCUUUCUGUUGCAGCUGGUUUACAAAGCAAACCUAGAAGCUCUUGCUCUGACCCUGAACUGGGACAAGCCGAAGACAGAGGCCUUGCAGCAAGCCUGUGGGGAGGAACUUUCAAGGCGCCUACAGCAGGUUCACGCCCUAAACUCCUUGAGGAGCAUGUCCAAGGGCAAGAAAAAGUUGCCAUGGGGGGACUGGUUGAGUUCCAAACGCAAGAAAUAAGGAGGCCUUGGGAGUCCAGGUUUGGACACAUCGAUGAGUUUUCUGUGCCUCUACAAACUGAACAACACCAUGUGAGCACAGAAAUUCUAACCAGGACAUUGUUCACUGGACUCUGCAUCAUUCUGCGUGGAGAAAGUCUUUGCAUUUCUACAAAGCACUGCAGUAUACCAACUGCCAAAUUAGGGGGGUGAAAUUAUUUCGCGCACAUGCUAUGAGGGCCUGCUGGAAUCCUUAAAAGAUUGUGAUAUAUAUUUGUUUAAGUAUGCAGCGAGGAAAAACUUAAAAAAAACUAUCUCCUUUAUGCUUACAGGUGGUGCUGUUAAGUUGCCACCAUGAUUAAUUUCUGGCUUUGGCACUGGCCCAACGCCCUAGUUUAUGGGUCCUGUUUUUUUGUGCCUGAUCACCUUUUGCCUUACCUUCCUGCUUUUCGAUACUUCCUUCCUGCUAGAACAUCACACUUCAUUACAAAUAUAUACAAAACAUGCAUUUUAGUGGCACAUUUCAUGCUGUAGUCGAAUGCAGCCAAACAUCUUGUGUUCCAAAGCCACGCUUGCAAAGUGGCCCCCAACUGGUAGCUCUCCUUCUCUUGCCUCAGUGCCUGUGCCGUUUCUAUGAGACUCCGUCUGUUUAUGAGGAUGACAUUAAGAAAACAAUAAUCUGACUUUCUGGGGCAUUCCAGCUGAGACUAUAACCUGCAUAAAGUAUCAUGGGAUAGUCACCACUCCUAUUAGCAAUAAAUUCGACUAGUUAGCGGUUUAUUUUUCUAAAAAGCAAAAACCCUAUUUAACCCUACAUUUGCCUAGUAUUAAAACUUUUGUAUUAUUAUAUAUGUUUCUGCCUGCUGUCUGUGCUACUGGUUUUUUAAGCUUAGGUAUGUAUGCCUUUGCCUACAAAUCCCAAUUGCUUAGUAUAUGGGUCAGCCCCCUACAAAGAAGCAACAGAUAAGAUAACUUCUGAAACUGCUAUACAGUUCUCAUGUAUGUUUUCCCCCCUCUAACACAGCAGAACAGUUUUCUCAAAAACAGUGCAUGACAUACAUUCCUGAAAUGGCCUUGGGGUUUUAAUGGUGAAAUACAAUCAUGCAGAUGGGAAGCUGACUUGUACAAAUCAGACCGUUAGCCCAGUCUUGUUUAUUUCUGAGUGGCAACAGCUCCCCAGGCUCUCAGCCCUUUAAGAGCCACCUGUCAUGUAUGCUUUAGCUAAAAUCCUGCAUUGGACUUCUUCCAACUCCAUAAUUGUAUAAUUCUAUGAGCUCCCAUCAGCCCUGACCAUUGGUCAAGCUGGAUUUGGAGUCCAGCAACAUAUGGAAGAGCCCAGAUUUUCCCCAGCCAUGAUUUAAAAGAACCCCCAAAUGCAGACUUUCUUCAGCUUUGCUGCAACAAGAGAAUCUGAUCAGUGGGGAGGUGGUAGAGGAAGGGCAGUUAGUACCAGUGUCUGUCCAAUUCACAUACAGAAGAAAAAAUUGUCCGGGUCAAGUUUACAAACUGAGCCAGAGGCACUACAUGAAAUGUUGCUAAGGAAAGAGGCACAUGUAAUCACAUGUCCACGCUCUCCCUGGAUAGAAUACAGCACAAAGGUUACGUAUGCACACAGCAAAGUUUUAUUUCAGAAUCUAAAGGCUUAUUUGUACUAGGAGACAAGCUUAGCACUAGCAAACAGCAGAGGAAAGACAAGUUGGGACAACACUCUUUAGUGUGCUGGUGAGAAUCUGUGAGGAACAGCUGAAGCUUUCCCUCAAUAUGUAUGUGUGUGUUGCUCAUUCCUUCUCUCCCACAAAGACCGGCACGUCAAUUCAAGGUUAUGCAGCUUGGCAGAAAACACUUCACUAUACCAGUGACUAGCCUGGUUGCUAUUUGUGUGUGUGUGUGUGUUUAAAUUUCCUUAACAAAACCUUUCAGGAUCUGGUUUCCAUUCUCCAAUUUUAAAUGAACAAAAAGUUCCGAGAAACCAAGGCUGUGCUCUUAAACACACUUGUGAGAAGUGGAGAUCCACAGGGCUUCUUUUGAAGUAAAUGCAUUUAACUCUGUCCUAACCAUCUGUUGUUGGGGUAUGAUGUACACGUAAGAGUACAAUGCAGUCAUCUGCAUUUUUAAUGGAGUCAAAGAAAUAUAGGUAGAACUGCAUUUAUACUGUGAUUCGGUAGAAGCCCAGAAAAACAACACAGGACUGAGGUUUCUAAGACUCUCGACUUAGAGGAAAAGUGGGAUAAAAAAUGUAAUUAACAGAACAAUUCUUGGGUUGUUUUUUUUUUAAUGGUACAUGUCCCUCUUACUCUCCAGUGCUAUAGGCUGCCCAAACACAUCCACAACACAAUUGUAACAGCAAGGAGCAUACAUCUCUCUUUUGACAUGGUGCACUAGCACUCCUAGUAAUUGGUUGGAAAUGUGUAGAAGUUAUUUACAGGCAAAUAUACAUGGAGUGUGCUUUAUUUCACAGUCUGAAUGAGAUGGGGAACAUCAGUUAAAUGCCCUACAAACACAUCUGCACACGAGUUGGGAGUUAUGAGCAUACUGAUUUGGUUCUCUAUGCACACAUCUAAUAUCAACAAAAGGGAAAGGAGAAAUUUUAAAUUACAUAGCAGCACUUGCUGCUCAAAGAGAGAAGUCACCGAUCAUAGCCAUCUCGAGUCCACUGGUGCUAGGGCAACAUCCCAAGAAGUAAUUUUCGUUAGCAGGAAGAGAAAGUCUUCCAGAAGAAGUUCUUACAGGGUGCCUUUUCCCGGGCUGGGGGCUGAGGAUGAGGGGCUCUGUCUUCCCGAGAGCUGAGCCCAGCCUUUUCCUGCCUUGAUAGUGGCGCCUCAUUCGUACGAGAUACCCAGUCGGCGAGGCCAGAAAGGAAAGCAAGCAGCUCACUUCUUUUUAUGUCUGUCUGUGCCUGCGAAUACUUGCAAAUGAAGCAGAGGUGUAUUAGGCAUUAUUGCAGAAAUGCAGAACGGCAGGAAUAGCUGGGAGAAGCACAAAUUGAAUGGUUUUACAAACACACACAGAGCAUCAACUGCUUUGGGCAAGAUUAACACAGCUGAAAUGAAUUCAGUUUAAAAUGCAGAAUAUAUUCAAUUUCAUUGUUCUGUAUGGGACAACGACAAUAAAGAUAUUGUGUAUGUUUCAGGUCUGCGGAGCCUUUGGCCCUCCAGAUGUUGCUGAACUACAGCUCCCAUCAGUUCUAACAAGUAUGGGAGUUGCAUUUCAACAACUGGAGGGACAAAGGCUCUCCACACAUGAUUUAGUUGAAUGAGUGCUAGAUUAAAUCCGUAAGAACAAGGGAAGCUGCAUUCUAUUGAGACAGGCCACUGGAUCUAUCUAGCUCUGUGGAAUUUCCUCUGACCAGUUCUCCAAGGUCUCAUGUAGAGAUCUUUCCUAGACCUGCUGGAGACUGGACCACACAAAGACCUAGCUCACACAAAGCAUGCACUCUGCCACUGAGCCUCCUUGUCCCAUUUUCAUGUGGGCUCUUUACCUACCUAGUGGGUUGAGUGUUGUAUUUUGUGAGUCAGGAUAUGCCAUGGCAAGGGGGCGGUUGAAGAGGGAAGGUAUCCUUCACCCUAAAGAUGUUUCAAAAUGUGUUACUGUACUGUUCAUUGGGGCGAGGAUUUCAUUUAUUGUACUGUUGUAUUUUUUGAGUUUCAUUGUUGGUUAGAUACACAUUGCCUUUGUUAUUCUGUAAACUGCUUAGAAACAGUCAUAAGUAGUAAGCAGUAUAUAAAUAUAUUAAAUAAAGAAACUAGGCAUUUGUCUUCUUCAAGAAGAGCAGAAGUGACAGAGAUGAGUGAUGAUGUCCUAUACUGAUUUAUAUCCAGUUGACUGGAUGUCUUCUUUUUCUGCCUCACAACUGGAAGGGGGGAGAACUCCUUUUACGUCUUAAUUUUCCAAGGCUUCAGUGAAAUUGC